UGUUAGAAACAAUUCUAAUGUAGAUAUUUUUUCCUCCUAGGUUUUACCAAGAGACAGUACAUCUAACACUUAACUUGGAUCAUCUCUUGUUCAUCAGCUUGAAAAUCAUAACAGCCCCCAAAACUGACAUUUGAUCUGAAAGAAAAAACUGUGACAAAUGGACAAUAUGUCUAUUACUAACACGCCAACAAGUAAUGAUGCUUGUCUGAGCAUUGUUCACAGCUUGAUGUGCCAUCGACAAGGUGGAGAGAGUGAAACUUUUGCAAAACGCUCAAUUGAAAGUUUAGUUAAAAAGCUAAAGGAGAAAAAAGAUGAAUUGGAUUUUUUGAUUACAGCUAUAACCACAAAUGGAGCUCAUCCUAGCAAGUGUGUUACAAUACAGAGAACUUCAGGUUAGUACAAGUGAAAAUCAGAUGUUUUCCUCCUAGUGGCUGGUCGCAAGGGAUUCCCUCAUGUGAUUUACGCUCGUCUUUGGAGAUGGCCUGAUCUACAUAAAAAUGAACUCAAGCAUGUUAAAUAUUGUCAGUAUGCUUUUGACUUAAAAUGUGACAGUGUCUGUGUAAAUCUUUACCAUUAUGAGCGUGUAGUCUCGCCUGGCAUUGAUCUCUCGGGACUGACACUACAGACAAACUCUCCAUCAAGCAUGUUGGUGAAAGACGAAUACGUUCAUGACUACGAGGGGCAACCAUCGUCUUCUGCUGAAGGUCAUUCAGUCCAAACCAUCCAGCAUCCACCAAGUAACAGGGCAUCUACAGAGCCUUAUAGCACCCCAGCCAUGUUAGCUCCUCCUGAGGUUAACACUACCAGCACCACUAAUUUUCCCAACAUUCCUGUGGCUUCAACAAGUCAACCUACCAGUAUAUUGACAGGUAGCCAUAGUGAUGGACUCUUACAGAUUGCUUCAGGGCCUCAGCCAGGAACUCAGCAGAAUGGGUUUACAGCUCAGACAGCUACUUACCAUCACAAUAGUACUACAACUUGGACUGGAAAUCGGACGGCAGCCUACACACCUACCAUACCUCACCACCAGAAUGGCCAUCUUCAGCAUCAUCCACCUAUGCAUCCUGGGCAUUACU